AUGUCGUCCGACAAUGAGGGGGAUGCGCCUCAAAACAUCCCUAACCCACCUGCGAGUAACUAGUGGCUUUUGUCGUUAUUGUUCUUUUAGUGAAAGUUGGAAAUAUGCGUGUGGCUACAAAACGCAGAGAUUCGAACGAAAAAGCAUUGACUUCUGCCGAAUAUAAUAAACAGGCGGAGGAAUACAACUCGGAGUAUGUUUUGUAAUCGCAAACUAUGGUUGUUUAGAAUAGUAGCGCAUCCACAGCACGACUUCCUCACGAAGGAGGAGCUUGAAUUUCAUGACAAGACUAUUCGCGACAGCCAAACCAAACCUGAGCCAAAACUAACAAAACCGAACCAGCCGGUGAUGCGCAUCUACCAUCAACCCUAA